AGGCGAGUUGACUAGCAAUAAGUUGUGUCUUCGUGGAUAAUCAGUUAAACCUCAGCUGAAGACUAAAAGGGGUUUUAGGAACGAAUUCAUUGUGCUUCUGAGUCCUCAUCUCGGCCUUUGUCUUGAACUAUACAAGUUUGGAUAUAUCAACAGGUAGGCAACAGUAAGGCUAGGGUAGGAAAUUGAGAAAAUGGCAAGCAUGAUAUCUACUCCAACUCUUGGCUACUUCUCUUUCAAGAGAAGCAGCGGUUCUAACAACAGGAUUGGGGCGUCUUCCUGUUGUGGUGUGAAGGCAAUGCGGGUGGAGAAACCUUUAGAGGAAUUGUACAAUGUGAGGGUGGAAAGGAAAGUGUCACCGGAGCGACUAACACAGCUUGGGGUCUCAAGAUGGUCAGUAUGGAAGACGGGCAAGUGCAAACUACCCUGGGACUGGCAAGUGGACCAGCUGGUUUACAUUGAGGAAGGUGAGGUGAGGGUUGUGCCCGAAGGCAGUGAGCGCUUUAUGCGAUUUGUUGCUGGGGACCUUGUUCGUUACCCUAAGUGGUUCGAGGCAGAUCUUUUCUUCAAUGGUCCAUACCAAGAGCGUUAUAGUUUCCGAGCAUAUGGGGAUGACUAGUAAUAGCUUUUCAUGUUGCAUACUUUGAUUUUUUUUUUCUUUUGCAUUUGUUCACUAAAUCUAUAAAGUAUUUAGAAGCUGAAAUAUCAAUAGUUGAAAUUGCUACAACCAUCUGCUUUCAUUUAGUCUCGUUGUACUGAUUAAGAAAUUUAAUUACGUUGUUCA